GAGAUUUAAAUUUCAAAAUUUGCUUGAUCCCCAACGGUCGGUGAUGCUUGUCGCGUUCGCGUCUAGAAUCUGCUAUGGUGUUCAACAAGCGGGAUUUAGCGAAAGCAUUUUCGCCGAACAAAGUGAAACAGUUUACGAAGAAACGAUUUUCGAACAAUGGAGGGAAACCGAGCACGAGCGGAGGAAUAUCAACGGUGCAAACAAACGAGACCAGUUCGCAGACGAGUAUCAAGGUAAUCGUAAGGGUACGACCGCAAAACGAUAAUGAACAACAGGGCAACUGUAGAACGGUCGUAAAAGUCGUCGACGAUAAGAUGUUGAUAUUCGAUCCGAAGGAAGAGGACAACCCGUUCUUUUAUCACGGCGUCGCCCAGAAGAGCCGUGAUUUGCUUAAGAAACAAAACAAAGAACUCCAGUUUAUUUUCGAUAGAAUUUUUGACAAGUCGUCGAACAAUUGCGACGUGUUCGAGGGUAGCACAAGAGAUUUGAUCAACAGCCUUUUAGACGGUUAUAACUGCUCUGUAUUCGCGUAUGGAGCUACAGGCGCUGGGAAGACUCACACUAUGCUUGGCAGCAGUGAAGAUCCUGGUAUCACGUACAGAACGGUGGCAGAGCUGUUUACCCAAAUCGAGAACCAAAGCGAACAUCGCGAAUUUAAUUUGGGGGUAACGUACCUUGAAAUUUACAAUGAGAACGUGCAAGAUUUGUUACACAAGUCUGGGCCCUUGCACUUGAGAGACGAUGGCAGGUGUGGAGUAAUCGUUGCAGGUCUUAAAGUGAUCACUAUUCAAAAUGCAGAGGAUCUAUUAACCCUCUUAUCAAAGGGUAACAAGAAUCGUACCCAGCAUCCGACUGAUGCCAAUGCAGAAAGUAGCAGAAGUCACGCAGUCUUCCAAGUUUAUAUUAAUAUCACUAAUAAGUUGGAUGGUCAAGUACGACAAGUGAAGCUGUCUAUGAUCGAUUUGGCUGGCUCUGAAAGAGCUUCUGCCACAGGCUGCAAGGGGCCGAGGUUCAAGGAGGGUGCGAACAUAAACAAAUCCUUGUUAGCUCUGGGCAAUUGCAUCAACAAUUUGGCAGACGGUGCUAAGCAUGUGACUUACAGGGAUUCUAAAUUAACGCGUCUUCUGAAAGAUUCUUUAGGUGGAAAUUGUCAGACAGUCAUGAUAGCCAAUGUGGCUCCUUCCAGUUUUAGUUACGAGGACACUUAUAACACACUGAGGUACGCCAACAGAGCAAAGAAGAUUAAGACUCACGUGAAAAAGAAUAUUAUAUCUUGCGAGAUGCAUGUAACUGCUUAUAUAAAAAUGGUCGACGAACAGAAGAAGGAAAUUAAUUAUUUGAAACAAAAAUUAUUGGCACUUGAGAAUGGAUCGACAAAUAUUUUAACCGAAACGAAGAACACGGGGAUUAACGAAGAGUUGGAUGAACAAGCCAUGGCUAUCAGUAAUAAAUUGAUCGAUUUGCUAGAAAAGAAGAAGAGUCUGAACAAAAAGGUUCUCUCGCUGGAGAGCGCCGAUAAAAUAUUGUGCUGUAGAAUUCAAUAUAAGAAAGCAGCAGACGAGAGGCUACACAAUUUAACAACGGUGGUCGACGGUUUGACGCCUGAGCAACAAAAUGCAAGUGGAAAAUCAAGAGUUAACAAAUCGUUAAAUUAUUUCGAACGGCAAAGAGAUUCUUUAAAGGUACAAAUGGAAGCGGCAUGGGAUGAACUAUGUUCGAUAGAAACGGAAAUAAAAAAAUUGAACGCACAAGUGGAAUUGAAGAAGCUUGACAAAUUACAGAGUAUGAUCGCGUUAAAGACUUGCGAGAUAGAGAAUUGCAGAAUGCAGCAGCAAUACGAGCACACGAAGAAAAUUAGCAAUCUCCAACAAUGCGAGAUGCAGUCGCUUUAUUCGAUGGUGAAAAUGAUGAGUACUACGUUGCAACAUUAUUACAACAUGAUGAAAGGCUACGGCACACUGACGGACCCCAUGAGAGAAGAAUUUAAACAGCUGGUCAAAUUGUUGGAAGGCGUGAGAAACAUUAAAUGGUCGGACAUGGAAAUAGUAAACCAUGGCGAGCGUUUUUAUAGUUUGACAUGCCUCAGCGUGGACAAUGUAAUGGAUCCGUUAGACAGCGAGAUGCCUAUAUAUGUAUUAAAUCCUUCCGAAGAUCAGAAUCAAGAUGAUUGCGCUAAAGAUGUAUUGAAUGCGACUUUCAAUGCGUCCUGCCCAGAGACAGGCAAAUCGUCUGAAUUUCACGAAACGACUAUCACAUUGCACGAGGAUGCAAGUGUGAAUACGACUGACGAUAUAGAAAUAACGAAAAAGAGUAGAGAAGAGAAUAAAAACACGGUAGAAAGGCACGGUAGUGUGCGUGUACCAGAAAAGGCUAAGAAACGUGUUCUUUCUGAUAAGAACAACGUAAAUGUAACUAAAACUCCUACUAAACAAGUAAGGAAGAUAUCCCCAAAGCAUAAAGAUUACACGCUGUCCGCAGUAGGAAUAAAAGGUAAAGAAAAUAAACAGCAAGCACCGAGGCAUCAGGUAGUGAUGAGUGCGAAAAGUAUAGCUAUAUUGAAUAAGUUGAAAGCGGAUAAACCGAGGAAGGGAAGCCCUAGUAGUCCUAAUACAUCCGACGGAGGACUGAAAGUGAUGAGAGAAAAAGAAAGGAGAGGAUUGAUGUCGACGCAUCCAUACCAAAAGCCAGAUGGCAAAAAAUAUGCAGCGGUUCAACCUUCAUCGCGGACACCGUGGUAGAGAAUAGUUUAAGCAACGUAGUUAAGGAAACGUGUAAUUAUAUAUGUAUACGUUCGGAGUCAGUAAGAAGAUUACAGAGAACUGACUGGACAUUUUUAUUUCUUACAUUUAAAUAUAAUGACAGAGUCUAGUAUGAAACAAUGUUAAUGUAUUUGUACAAAAAUAAUGUUAUGAU